AUGGUGGAUAUGAAAUACAUUUUGGAUACCGAAAUCAAAUUGAUAUCAUUGCAGACAACGUUUGACACCAUUGGCUAUACUUUGGGAACAUUUGUUGGACUGACUUACAAAUGGUUGAACCGGCAGUUAGUAAUAGGCACUGCCUUUAUCAUGAUGUCAGCCCUAUACGCCUGUAUGCCAUUACUGACCAGUCUAUGGCAACUAUACCUAAUUGCCUUCCUGUUCGGCGUCGGCUCCAGUAUUAAUGUUAGUGCCUAUAUUGUAUGGACUAUUGAAAUGUGGCAACACCGUAGCGCACCGAUACUACAGUUAAACGCACUGGGCUUUGGCCUGGGAUCCAAUAUUGCCGCAGCUGUAAUGUCUUCCUAUACUACUGGUGCCAUUGAACAGGGCAAACUACCGGUGCCCGUUGAUGUCAGGCGAGACAGGCUAACUAUGCCGUCAAUUUAUCUAUGCGCUAUAUUAGCAAUAGUUCCCAUCGGAUCGCUAAUUGUUUAUAUUAUCAAACCAUACAAAGUGCCCGACAAGAGUAGUAAGGUUUUAGACAACAAUGACAUCGACAGUAGUAGUAAUAAUAAUAAUGAUAAUAAUAAUAGGGUAGAGGAGAGCCAUACAAAACAACAACAUAAGCAACAAAAACCUGAAAAUUUGAAACUGUUUGACGACCCGCGCAGUCCGCGUAUAUUAAUACGGGUAUUGUUUACCCUAUGGUUUGGCGCUUAUGUACUAUUGGAGACAAUGUUUCUCUACUUUGCCGUCACAUACUAUCAGUAUUCACCGCAUCGACUAACAGCUCCAGAAGCCGGACACAUGUUUACCAUUGCAACGAUUUUCUAUUCAGGCGGACGUCUAGUCAACAUUGUAUUGGCCAUGUAUUUGCCGAUUAAUACAGUAGUCUGUAUACACUAUACACUAGUAGUUGCCGGUAUAGUAUUGUUAAUUGUUGGCCACUGGCACCUGACGGUACUAUGGGUGGCCAGUUGUGUACUGAUGGCCGGUUUUUCGCCAUUGUUUGCCGGAUCAUUUUCAUUUAACAGCCAAUACCUGACUGUUAGCAAUACAAUCAGUAAUAUAUUCCUGUUUUGUAGAGGUUUACUAAUACUGAUUACACCCUAUAUUAUCGGUGAGUUUAUCGAUGGCUAUCCCUUUAUAUUGAAUAUAAGAGUAUUCAAUAAUAAAGACGGUUUUAAAGACACCCAAAGAUAA